AUGGAUCAGAAUUCUGUCUAUCAAUUGUUUGUAGCAACCUACCACCCUGAUCCGAAUAUUCAUAAACAAGCUGAACUAAAUCUCAGAAAUAUCGAAGCCAACAACGGUUUCCUACCCAUUGUUCUGCAGAUCUUAGCUUCAGAAGAUUUAGAACUUGGUGCACGUCAAGCAGCUGCUAUUUACUUUAAAAAUCGCUUGAAUAAGGCGUGGGAUGGUGAUCGUGAGUCUGCAGUUCCCAUUAACAAUGACGAUCGUAACAUGGUAAAACAGUCUAUUUUGCAAGCCUUGGUUACUGCUCCUAAUCAAGUCCAAGUGCAACUUACAUCUACCCUAAAUACAAUUCUAACGAAUGAUUUUCCAGAUCAAUGGCCGAACUUUGUGAGUGAACUAGAAAAAUUUUUAACCUCUAGUGAUUACCGCUUAGUUUACGUUGGUCUUCUAGCUCUACGUGAAGUGGUCAAGGUUUAUCAGUGGCGAACUGGCAACAAUCGUGAACCUUUUAGACAGUUGAUUAAGCUCACAUUCCCAGCCAUACAGAAUAUUGCUUCUAACCUUAUCACACAUGAUACGCUGGAAGCAGCCGAAAUGCUAAAGUUAGCACUCAAGAUCUAUCAUUCUGGUAUUCAAGCGGAACUUCCGAAAACUCUACAAGACGCCAAUUCACUUGUACCUUGGGGUACACUCUUUCUACAACUAAUUGAGAAACGCAUCCCUAAUGAGGUACUCCCAGCAGAUCCUGACGAACGUGAUCGUUAUCCUUGGUGGAAGACCAAGAAGUGGGCUUACCAUUGUCUCAAUCGACUAUUCUCAAAAUAUGGCAAUCCUGCAACCAUGCCUCGUAGUACCCCUGAAUACAAUGCAUUUGCCAAAUCAUUCUCCACUAACUUCGCACCCAACAUUCUUCAGGCCUACUUACGACAAGUGGAAUUAUGGAUCAAAAAAGAGAUUUGGAUCCCUCCCAAGUGUUUAGCACUCACCUCAUCAUUUUUUUCGGAUUGUGUUAAGAACAAAGUAACAUGGCAGCUUCUGAAGCCUCAUGUGGAAACAUUGGUGGCGCAUUUCAUUUUUCCUCAGCUCUGUUUUUCUGACGAAGACCAAGAAUUAUGGGACGAGGAUCCUGUAGAAUUUGUGCAUAAGAAGGUUGACCCUCUAGAAGAUUUUCACUCACCCCAAACGAAUGCCAUGAAUUUUUUGAUCGAUUUAGCGCGUGAUCGUAAGAAGUAUACAUUCAUGGGUAUUUUGAACUUCAUCAAUGGUGUUUUGAACAAGUAUUUAGAAGCUCCCGAAGAGCAAAAAAAUCCUAAAGAGAAGGAUGGUGCAAUGUGUAUGAUUGGUGGUUUGGCCUACCAAGUGCUGCAAAAGAAAUCACCGGUUGCUAACAUGAUGGAACCUUUCUUUGUCACUCAUGUUUUCCCUGAAUUUAAGAGCAAGUAUCCAUUCCUAAGAGCACGCGCUUGUGAUUUGACACGUCAUUUUAGUGAUUUGGAUUUUGCCAACGAACAAAAUUUGGCCACUUUAUAUCAAUGUGUUUUGAAUUGUAUCCGUGAUGACGAACUUGCGGUGAAAGUACAAGCUUCUUUAGCUCUUCAACCUAUGAUCCGUCAUGAAAGUGUGCGUAAUGCAAUGGCACCCAGCCUUCCAUUCAUCAUGCAAACCUUGCUCAACUUGACAAAUGAAAUUGAUAUCGACACUCUCGCCAAUGUCAUGGAAGAAUUUGUCGAAGUAUUUGCUGAACAGUUGACUCCUUUUGCCGUUCAACUAUGUACACAACUACGUGAUACAUUCUUGCGUAUUAUGGAAGAAUUGAAUCAGAGCAAUACUUUAGCUACCGCUGAUGACGAUGAAUUUACAGGUGACAUUGAUGAGUUGAGCGAUAAGACCAUGGCUGCUAUGGGUGUCCUUAAGACCAUCGGCACAUUGAUUCUCAGUUUGGAAAGCACACCAGAAAUUCUGCAACAACUUGAAAAUGCUCUUUUACCUGUUAUCACCUAUACUUUAGAGAAUCGUAUUUUAGACUUGUACGAUGAAAUAUUCGAGAUCAUCGAUUCAUGUACAUUCUCCGCUAAACGAGUUACACCUACCAUGUGGAGCGUUUUCGAAUUGAUCUAUAAAGCCUUCAAGGAUUCUGGCAUCGAUUAUAUGGAGGAGAUGUUACCUCCGUUAGACAACUAUAUUUCUUAUGGUAAGGAUGUCUUUGUAGCCAACGAGCAAGUUCAACGUAUGAUGUUCGACAUAAUUGAUACCGUCAUGAAGAGCGAUCGUGUUGGUGAACAAGAUCGUAUUUGCGGUUGCAAACUUAUGGAAUCUGUACUGCUCAAUUGCCGAGGUCAUGUCGAUAUGUGUUUGGCUCCUUUCCUCAACUUGGCUUUCCAAUAUAUCUUCACAGGUUCUAUGAAGACAACCGAAUUCAAGGUUCAUUGUAUUGAAGUUGUUAUCAAUUGCCUGUACUAUAAUCCUAGCGUUACCUUACGUUUGUUGGAGGAGAAUAAUUGGACUCAAGGGUUCUUCACUUUAUGGUUCAAUACACUGCCUAAAUUUUCGCGUGUGCAUGAUAAAAAGCUCGUGAUUGUGGCUCUAUGCUCUCUUUUGGAAAUCCCCACCGAAAUGGUACCUACGACCUUGCAAGCUGGUUGGUCACAAAUUUUAGCAUGCAUGAUUUCCGUAUUCCAAACACUGCCUAAAGCCAUGGAAAAUCGUGAACAAAUGGAAAAAUUGUAUGGAAACUUUGACGAUGAUGAGGAUUACGGAGAUGAUUUCACUACUGGUAGUGGUGUUGGCAGUGGAGCUGAUGACAACGAGGAUGAAGAAGAGUAUGAAUUAGGGGAGGAUGACGAUAUUCCCGACGAGGACAAUGAAUAUUUGGAAUAUUUAGCCAGUCAGGCAGCUCAGCACAACAAUGAUAGUUUUAGUGAAUUUGACGAUGGAGAGGAAGAAGAAUUAGAAGAGGAAAUACUGUUCGAGUCGCCCUUAGAUGAAAUCGACCCGUAUAUUCGAUUUGAGCAAGUGUUUAGAAACAUGCAACAGAAUAACAGUGCUUCUUAUACCCUAUUAACGAAGGAAUUGAAUGCGGAUCAGCAAAAUCAAAUCAUGUCCGUUCUGUCUAUUGCCGAACAACAUCGUACAAAUCCUCCUACUAACAAUUCUGCUUCUUCUUAUGUCUAA